GGCUGCGGCCGUGAGUCAGGCCGGGGCUGCAGCGGCGCGGCCAGGCUGGCGCAGCGGAGGGAGCGCGGGCGGCGGGGGAGGCGGUGGCGCCGCCAGCUCCGCACGCUCCCCGCCCCCAAGGUUGGGCCGCCGGGACGCGGCUGGGCGGACAGACAGCGACCCGCGGGACAGCGGAAGGACGCACUGGGAGGCGCAGGGUCGGGCUGGUCGCCAAGGAGUCACCAGUAGGCCCAGGGCCCCCGGCCAGUGCCCAGCACAGCUGGGAGCCCCGGCAGCACCACGGACGGCGCCCAGGAAGCCCGAGUCCCCCUGGACGGGGCCUUCUGGAUCCCAAGGCCCCCGGCAGGCUCUCCCAAAGGCUGCUUUGCUUGUGUGUCCAAGCCCCCGGCCCUGCAAGCUUCCGCGGCCCCUGCCCCGGAGUCCUCUCCCCCCAUGGCGCCUACACUGUUCCCCAUGGAGUCCAAAAGCAAGACGGACAGCGUGCGGGCCACCAGCGCCCCCCAGGCCUGCAAGCACCUGGCUGAGAAGAAGGCAGCAGCCACCCCGGCCACGGUGGUGGAGGUCUACCCAGAUAGCAGCGAGGUCAACGACUACUACCUGUGGUCCAUCUUCAACUUCGUCUACCUCAACUUCUGCUGCCUGGGCUUCAUCGCCCUGGCCUACUCCCUCAAGGUCCGGGACAAGAAGCUUCUCAAUGACCUGAACGGGGCCGUGGAGGACGCUAAGACAGCCCGGCUAUUCAACAUCACCAGCUCUGCCCUGGCCGCCUCCUGCAUCAUCCUGGUCUUCAUCUUCCUGCGGUACCCGCUGUCCGACUACUGAGGCUGCAGCUCAACCACAGAGACCAGCAGAAACGUCUUACUUUCAUGAUGGCUCAGACAUAGCUCCUGUGAGGUCGGGGCUUCUGCUCUGGGGUGCCCUGAGCUGUGAACCGUCGAAAGCUGCCCCCGGCCCCUGCCUCCGCCUGUCCCUGGGGGGGGGCCUCUUCCCAUGCUGCUGCGCCCCGGCUUCCAGUGGCUGCCAUUCCCCCAGUGGGCCCUUCCCCUUGUGGGUUCUCAGGGCCCCUCAGACCUGACAUCCAGCAAGAAGGGCUUAUGCGAGAGCUUCCCAGUCUGGGGGGCUGCCAGCAUCUGGGACUCGCUCUCCCCCACCCCUCUGCCUCCUGCUGUCCUGCUCAGAGCUCUAUGUCUAUAAACUUUCAAUAAAAUCCCUGCACUCUUCUGCCUGCCCUCCGUCCCACACCCA